AAACCAGCCAAUCCCGCUCAGGGAGCUGGUUUGUCGGCGCUGAGGCUGCUGGGAGAAUCGGGCCGGUGAAUUUGCGCGCGCGCGCGUGUACUCUACGUCCGUUGAGCGGAAGAGUGGGGGCGCGGGAGGCGUCCCUCGUUGUAACGCUGGAGGACAAGAUGACUGGAUCAAAUGAAUUUAAGCUGAACCAACCUCCAGAAGAUGGAAUCUCAUCAGUGAAAUUCAAUCCAAACACAUCUCAGUUUUUGCUUGUUUCUUCUUGGGACACAUCUGUUCGAUUGUAUGAUGUUCCUGCCAACACCAUGAGACUCAAGUAUCAACACACUGGAGCAGUACUUGACUGUGCUUUUUAUGACCCUACACAUGCCUGGAGUGGAGGAUUAGAUCGGCAGCUGAAAAUGCAUGACUUGAACACUGAUCAAGAAAAUCUUGUUGGCAGUCAUGAUGCUCCUAUAAGAUGUGUUGAAUAUUGUCCAGAAGUGAAUGUAAUGGUAACAGGAAGUUGGGAUCAAACAGUCAAGUUAUGGGAUCCAAGAACACCUUGUAAUGCCGGAACAUUUUCUCAGCCUGAAAAGGUAUAUACAUUAUCUGUAUCUGGUGACAGAUUGAUAGUGGGAACAGCUGGUCGAAGAGUUCUCGUGUGGGACUUACGGAACAUGGGCUAUGUUCAGCAGAGAAGAGAAUCAAGUCUUAAAUAUCAGACCCGUUGCAUCAGGGCAUUUCCCAACAAACAGGGCUAUGUGUUAAGCUCCAUAGAAGGCCGGGUUGCAGUUGAAUAUUUGGACCCAAGUUUGGAGGUGCAGAAGAAAAAAUAUGCUUUCAAAUGCCACAGAUUGAAGGAGAAUAACAUUGAGCAGAUUUACCCCGUCAAUGCCAUCUCUUUUCAUAAUGUCCAUAACACAUUUGCUACAGGUGGCUCUGAUGGCUUUGUCAAUAUUUGGGAUCCGUUCAACAAAAAAAGACUCUGCCAAUUUCAUCGGUACCCUACCAGUAUAGCUUCACUAGCUUUCAGUAAUGAUGGGACUACUCUUGCAAUAGCAUCCUCAUAUAUGUAUGAAAUGGAUGACAUUGAACAUCCUGAAGAUGGUAUCUACAUUCGCCAAGUGACUGAUGCAGAAACAAAACCCAAGUCAACUUGAUCUUGAUCAGAAACUUCUAGCAAAACAAACUAAUCCUUUGAUUAAAAGAAGAUGUUUCAGUGUUGUUGUCAUAAUGUUUUCAUUGGGUAUAUUGUAAAUCUUUUUUAAAAAACAUAGCCAAGAAUUGUUAAUUUUUGUUCACCUGAUUUUGAAAUAUUUCUUUAAGCCAGUUAAUUCUUUUGAAAUGUGACAGUUGAAUUUUUGUAUAGAUUAAUGGUGGCCUAAUUGUUUGAAUAAAUAUUUUCAACCCUCUCUCUCUCGCUCUCUCUCCCCCCCCCCCCUAUCCUAAAAGUCCUACUUUUAACUGCAGUGGUGGUAAACAUUAAAUCCUGAAUUUAAUAAUGACAUCGUUUUUGAUGUACUGGGCUUGUACUUCAGCAACAACAAUACGAUAAAGAAAACAUUUUGACUUUUUUCAAGCAACUUAAAUUUAAUGGCUGUAACUCUAACCCUUCCCUGUUUAUUUUUUUUAAUUGUAAUUAAGUUCUGUGGUCAGCAGGUUUACGAAAGUAUGUCCUGCAGAUUUAAGGAAUUUAUAGAAUAAAUUGAAGUUUUAUGGUUAUAGUUAAUAAUCAGUGUCUACUUUUGAAAUUUGAUUCCUUGGAAAAAACUAUAUUUUGUCUUUAACAAGCACCCCAGUUCCACAACAGAUAUUUCUAUCAGAUAAAAACAAUUGUUUCUACAAAUGUGUUGUUACUUGCAGAAUAUUAAUUUGAAAUAUAAUAAAUUCAGGAUAGAAUUGUAAGUUCUAUAUGGCUAAAAUUUAAAAUAUGUAGAUUUUCUUAACUCUUGAAACAAUUUUCAUUUACAACUGGAAUUAAAUACUGAUGGCAAUAAAAUAUGCAAUUAAAAAAAGUGAAGAGAUUGCUAAGAAUAUUGAUCGAUAGAAUCUAUGUGAAAAUUUUGAUAAAUAAUUAUUUGUAGAUCCCAAAUUGUGCCGCCUUUGAAACUUUUCCUAAAAUUUUAUUUUUUGGGGAGGAAGCUUUGGAUAUUUCCUUUUGUUACUUAAACUUUAUUAAUCUGAUUUUAGGAUGUAUUUUUCAGUUUUUAUUUCCCCCCUCAAAAUGUUUUCAGAUUACAUUAGUGGUUUUUAGAGGGGCAUUUUUGAUGAUAAAGUUUGUUCACCUUUGUUCUAGAAUUAGUAAUAGUUUACAUAGUUAUAGAACAGGUUUGGUAUCUGUGUUUAUUAGUAAUCUUUACCACAACAUUGGAUCAUCUGAUUAUCUUUCUGUAAUUGUCCCAAUACCCUAAUGGUUAGUCUCUGUCUUGGCUGUGCGAUUCAGAUAUUCCUGAAAACAUAUUUCAAGAAUAAGUAUCAAUUAUUCUGUUUCCAUUAAAAAAAAGUUAUCAGUAUAUCAUACUUCAGCCUGUUAAGUCACAUUUAGCUUUGUUCCAGCUGUAGUCUGUCUAGAUGGUCUUCAGAUUAAUGAAGUAGAAAUGUAUUGCUUCAGAGCAAUGAAAUCUUAGUAGUAAGGGUUAUUUUUGAAAUAGAAAGCCUUUCCAUUUUAUUCCCUUAUGAGUCAUGAAAAUUAAUGCAUUCCAUUUUUUCAGCCAUUUGCUAUUGCCACAAUUCACAGCCUUUGAAAAUGAUUCUGAAACUGUCAACCGAUCAAAGUACUCUGCUAUAAUACUAAACUAUAGCAUUAGUACUAGAUAUUAUAGGAGGCUUAUACAGGGCCUGUUGCAAUCUUUUAUACCUUCACUAGGCGCACAACAGAAGGCCAAAAUAAGUGUAGGUGAGGCAAAGAAAAAUUCAAACAAAGUGAUACAAAUAUAUUGGAGAAUUUAAAGGUGCUGAGCCAAUAAAAUGCCAGUGAAAUUCAAAUAGCAGAGAAAUUGGAAAUAGGAGAAUGUGGGUUAGACGUUGAUCUAUAUAUCAGAUGCCAAUACACAUAAAAGCUCAGUCACCAAACCAAAUAAGUGUGUUUUCAGUAGUUAGUUUUUUCUGACUAGUAUCCAUAGCCUCAUUUAUUACCGGCUCAAUAGUGGAGGUGUUAUGCAAAUGGAAAUUUGUAAGUACUAUAGCAAAGAGGUCUGGUAAGACAGUGGAUAGAUAGUUCUGUUAGUAAAACAGUUGCAUAUGCAUAUACGUAUACGUGAGGCAUUCUUUGUAUGAAGAAACAAUUCAUCUUUUUAUUCUCUGAACUUAUGAGGGCACAAUUUACUGUUGUGUAAUACACAGUAAUCUUGCUUUUUGCUGUAUGAGAUAAGGCAAAAUGAUUCCUAGCAGUGUAACUGAGCUCUACAAAGCUUUUUUAAAUGAUAGCCUUUUGCUGAAGAUUAGAGAGCUUUCCAGAACAUAGAAUCAUACUGACCAUUCUAAUAUUCCUUCCAUCAUCCCAGGCUGCACACAGGUAAAAAUGUUACAAGAUGUCUCUGAAAAGACUAUCACAUUGUCUUUAUCUGUAUAUUUGUAUCCUAAAUGCUGUGCUGCCACAUUUCAACAAAUAGAUAUUCUGAUGAAUUAAUUAGGAUAAUUUUAAUAUGUGUAAAAUUUAUACCCUAAACCCAUUGAAUACAGUCUUCUAAAGAAGGAAGGUUAGGUUAACAAUGUAAACAGCUUCUUUUUCUUACAAUGUUAUGAAUUUAUAUUUUGUACCUAGUCUGGCUUAAAUAUAUUAAUGGUCAAAUUCCGUAGAAUUUGGAAGCAUAUUAAAAUAAAUACUUGAAUCUG